AUGGACGACCACGCAGUCCUGUCGGACUCGGAGCUGGCCGCCAUGCUGCGCAGUACAACAUCCCACACGGGCCCGUCGUUGGUACGCGGUUCCACUCGCAAGCUCUACGAAAAGAAAAUCUUCGAGUAUGAGACCCAGAGGCGGAGGCUCUCGCCCCCGAGCUCGUCUGCAUCCUCUUUCUCCUAUCGGUUCUCGGACGUAGAUUCAGCGUCCAUGGACUCGGAUAUGUAUGAUCUGCCCAAGAAAGAGGACGCCUUACUUUACCAGAGCAAGGGCUAUAAUGAUGACUACUAUGAGGAGAGUUACUUGACCACCGGGACUUAUGGGGAACCUGAGUCUAUGGGCACAUCCAAGGGCUUCCGCCAGCCCUCAGCUUCACUCUCAGAUGCUGACCCUUUUCACCGCCAGGUCCGUGAUGACAAUCUUUUCUCUUUGGAAGAGGAAGGCAAGGAUCGGGAACACCUCCUGUAUGGCCAGAACAGUGCCCACCAGAACAUCGCACACUACCGCCCUAUUUCCAACAUCUCCAGAAGCUCCCUGGGCCUGUCCUAUUAUCUCACAUCCUCCUCCACCUCGAGUGUGUCCUCAUCUUCAUCUUCGGCCCCUUCAUGGCUCACCCGCCGAGCCAUCCGGCCUGAAAAGCAGGCCCCUGGGGCUGCCGGCCUGGGCCAGGAUCGCCAGGUCCCGCUCUGGGGCCAGGUGCUGCUGUUCCUGGUCUUUGCUGCCUUCCUGCUCUUUGUUUACUACUCCAUGCAGGCCGAGGAUGGCAACCCCUUCUGGGCAGAGCCCUAA